GAACUUUGAAUGCACCAGAUAUGAAUGAGACCAGCACACGAAAUGAAGUUGUUGAAUCUGCUCAAACUGAGGCUAAACUGAAGGAUGACCCCAAACAACACCGAGGUUCUCUAGAAACCACGGCAAAAACUAACAUUGGUGAUUGCAAAGGUGUGGCAAAUGUCUCACAGGAUGCAGUUCAGGCAGACAUAAAUGCUUCUGGUGAGGUAAACAUGGAGGCUUCCAUAUCAUCUGAUGACGUUAUACGGGCUGGUGGAUUUGGAGCUAGAGAUGACAUUGGUAGUUUUCUUCCAGUUGCAAGUGACUCCACUGACUUUGAAGCUUCUCUUCGUGAUGCUCGAGACUAUGAGGAUCCACAGGAAGAAAUAUGCAGACCAGGUCUUGGAUUUACAAAAGCUACAAAGUAAGAUUAAUUUUGUUUUUAAUGCCCCAUGGAGUUCUUGUGAUUCACUCUUGUAGCUGUAGCAUGUGCUGGCUUCUCAGAUUCUGUGUCAUGUUAAUAAUGUGUGGUUCAGAUUUAUUUCAAUUUGAAAAAUUUCGUCUCUCUGUUAGCAGUUAUUUGGUAUCUUAAUGGAAGAGAUGGUAUCACUGUUUUCAAAUUUACUGUAGCUAUUUGGAUCGGGCAUCGCAAUAUUAAGACAUAUUUUAAGGCCUUCCUAUUGCAGGCCCUUUGUACAA